CCUCACAAUUCCAUCAGCCCCUCUUGGCGGGCAAACAGGGACGCCUUGGCCGGGCGUCCUGCUCAUGUUGCCGUUCGGAGAUAGCCGUCUCUUAUCUUUCCCUGCAGUGUGCCCAGAGCGCCGCAUCUGCAGCCCUUGACACCGCCGCCCCCUUCUCGUCCCACGCGCAUCUGCCUGGGAGCGGCGGGUUCUAGGCCGCCCGCCCACCAAACCAGAGCCUUUCUUCGCUCUUCAACCAUAUUUUCCCCUGAAACAAGUCUCAAUUGCUCAGCUUGACUGUUUGAGAGAAUCACCCGAGACGCCUUUCUUUUAUUUGGUUUGAGCAGCCGAUAAAGCGGACGUGUUCCGUCGCUUUGGGCCCAUUUGCUCCGAGACCACGCGCAGCCUCGCCCGAUUUUGGGGCUGUGCACCAUGGGCGACAUUCGGCCACGGUCCCGAGACGAGUUCAGGGAUGCCAUCCUCUGCGCGCUGCCGCCUGAGGCCGAGGCCGUGCUCGACCUGUUCGACUGCUUCUGGGACGACGACGGCGAUGUGUACGGAAAAGCCACUAACGACCCCAACGACUACCGCACCGGCCGUAUCGGCCAGGACAACGUCGUGCUGUGCAUCACGGGCGUGGGCAAGGCGAAAGCUGCCACUGCAAUCUCGUCCCUCAAGUGGAGCUACACCCAAGUGCAGCGCGCCUUUGUCGUGGGCAUCUGCGGCGGUGUUCCCAGGCCCAAGCCGCACGACACCGGCGCCGAGAUACUGCUCGGUGAUGUCAUCAUCAGUAGCGCCGUGGUCCAAUCCGACUUCGGGAGCCGCUGGGGCGGCGACUGUUUCGAGAUCAAGACGUCGAACCAAGACCGGCUCGGCAAGGCGGACGCGAGUGUCAGCGCCCAGCUGCGAUCGCUGGGCAUCCCUCAGAACAAAGACAGGCUGGAGGAGCGCGCAGCUCGGUUCCUGAGUGAGCUGCAGGAGAGGCGUCCGAGGCGGUACGACUACCCGGGCACGGCUUUGGACAGGCUGUAUCCUUCAACCUAUCGCCACCGCCAUCGCAGGAUGGGCCCUUGUAAGUGUACCGAUCGGCAGCCAUGCGCGACUGCCGCGGCGGCAACCUGCCACACGGUCGGCUGCGAGGAGAGCGAGAUCACCACAUCGAGGCCACGACUCGCGCAGAAGCGCCGACUCGAGGGAGAAGGUGAAACUCUCGAGGCCCAGGCCCCGGUAGUGCACAUCGGCAGCAUCGCUUCCGGCGACACGGUCAUGAAGUCGGCCGAGGUUCGCGACCAGAUCGCCCGGGACCUCGAUGUCAUUGGCUUCGAGAUGGAAGCCGUCGGUGUCUGGGACCAGCAAAACGUGGCGUGCGUUGUGGUGAAAGGGGUUUGCGACUACGCCGAUUGCCACAAGAACGAUAUAUGGCAGCGCUUUGCAUCGGCCGCCGCGGCAUCUGUCAUGAAGGGCAUGCUGAAGUAUCGCGUGCGGGCGGACGAGACGCCGCCUCUAUCGAUCAUCGAUGAACAUCGGGCAUCACGCCAACUGCAAAACAUGGUCUACCAAAACGAAAUUGCGGUAGCCAUGGCGAGGCUAGAAGGGGAAAACCGAAUGCUCCAUCAUACAGUGGCGAUGCUGCAGGACAAUAUCUCUGCCAUGAUCCACGCCCAGCCGGGCCUGCAGUCGAGGCUAGUGCCGCAGCUCUCGGACCAAUCUGUGCGGGUUGUCGAUGCUCGUGCAGAAUGCAUGAUUGUGCACUUGGGGACCAUCACGUCGAAAGAGGUUGGCUUGUUGAUCAAAUUCAGGCCCGAGAGAGAAGAGCUAACCAUGGACACAGGCAUUCAUGUUUAUUCUGAAAGACCGAUUUCAGGACAUAGGCUGCGGCAAGAUAGAGAGGCAAGAGUGGUUUCUCGAAGACCAGGAUACCGGACGUGCCGUCGACUUUUCGAGGCCAUGGAGCUCGAUCAUGAAGCCCGGGAGAGUGUUGAACAUGAGCAUGGUGUUCAGACGACGCAGCUCACUGCCCGCUCAGCAAUGCCCUUCGUGCCAGUUCACAAACCCAGGACGCACGACUGACGAAAUCACAUGGUUAGUCUUCUCACAAUAACUCUUGCUA